AUGACCACGGCCUUUGUGAUAUCCGAUGAGGCCAACCUCACGAUCAUCUACAUCGUGCUCUUCACCUUCCUCGACGGCUCUACAUAUGUCUUCGAGAUGACCUACGGCAUCAACUCUGGUCUCAGCAAUACCAUCUUCGUUGGACUCUUUCAAUGGUUUCUUACUCCAGCUGAUCGCCGCUCAAUUCGUGAUGCGAACAACGAACAGACAGCUCGUCUACGACGGCGAUGA